AUGGCGACCCAGCAUACCUUUCCUGAGUCGGCGACGGAUGCCUUCAAGACGGCGAUUCAAAGCUUCAAAAAGACUCUCAAUAACGACAAGCUCUACGCCCAGAUUCUCCAGACCAGUUCUAUCGAACAGGUAUAUGAUAUGACCGACCAGCUCCAGAAGGAGCAAUCAAAACAGCACAGACUCAGGAAUCUCGCCAAAGUCAAGCCGUAUUUGGACCGGCUUGAUGCAUACACGGGCGCCAUCGACACCUUCGUACAAGCAAAGCCCGACAUUCUCGCACUCAUCUGGGGCCCAAUCAAGCUGCUCAUCCAAUGGGCAAGUGUGCUCUCCAAAUCGCUUGAUGCACUCAUCGAUAUGGCCGCUCAGAUCGGGUAUUUACUACCCAAAUUUGGGCACGCAAAGAGAAUGUUUGGAGACAGCGAUCAGAUCGAUCUUCUUCUGGCCCUGUUCUUCCAAGAUAUCCUAGACUUCUACUCGGUCGCGCUGAAGUUCUUCACCAUGCCGCGUGAGUCUAAUGGAGUGCUCAGCCUGGGCUGCCAGCUACUUGAAAUAUCAGAUGAUGCUCACAGUUCUUCAGGAUGGAACCUUAUGUUUGAAGCGGUGUGGCCCAAGAAAAAGCCAGAGAUUGAGCAUAUUAUCAACCGUGUGGGCCGUCACGCCGCUAUGCUUGGGACUGAGGUCGGCCUAGAGCAUAUCCAAGCAGCCUAUGAAGCUCGCACAACCGAUCUUGAACAUUUCAGAAAGGUUCAUCUCCGAACAAAGCAUACAGAGUACAGCAUUCUGGAGACUGCUAUGGCCCCCACUUUCUACGACAAGAACUUGUAUGAACUUCAAGACCGUCUGUGUGAAGGGACUGGCGAUUGGAUCCUGAAGCAUCCUACAAUGCAGAAUUGGCUGGACUUCAGGCCAGAGGAAUCUGGAAGCAUACCGCGUAUCGUGUGGCUUCGUGGGAUCCCCGGUGCAGGGAAAACAUUCCUUGCCGUUUGCCUUAUUCAAAAGCUUCGAUCCAUGUAUCGCGAGCCGAAUCAUGUUGUAUUUGCAAUUCUUACUCAUUCACUUAGCGUCUCCACGACCUCUCUUUCAAUAUUCCACUCACUCAUCUUCCAAUUGGCUCGGGACCAUCAUCUCAUGUCAAAGGGCCAACCUGAAGAACAUGAGUCAGUCUUGCAAGACUUCAUUUGCGAGACAGACCGGGGCACAUUGGCCUCCAGUCUCGAUGCAGCCACAGAGUUGUUGAUCAAGCUUCUCCAGCUCUCUGGCCCAGUUCACAUUGUUAUCGAUGGCCUUGACGAGAUUGAUGAAAGGCAACGACUUCAUUUCCUUGUACAAAUCCUGACAGUAUCUCAGAGUUGCCCAGAGACCCGCAUCCUGAUUGCAAGCAGAGACGAAGCUGACAUAAAAGCCGAACUGGAGUCAAACGCGACAGCUAUCCGGGCGGAUAAUUGCAACGCGAGCAGUAUCAGACAUUAUGUCACUGUCCGGUGCAAUCAGUGGAUAAAGGCCCAUAACUUUAGCCAGGAGGAAAACCAGGAGAUUGCGGUUCUCUUGGAACCAAUCGCUAUAAAGGCGCAAGUUACAGGAAUGUUCAUGUACGCGGAGCUUAUUCUGAAAGGCUUGGAUUUUCUCGAUGGCAUCGACGAGAUACGUGAAGAACUCAAAGUCCUACCUACAGACCUCAAAGCCGCUUAUGGCCGCAUCUUCUCCCGCAUCAACGAGCAACUCCCUACAGAGUACUUGAGAGAGAAGGCACGCAAGAUUCUGGGGUGGGUGGGGUGUUCUCCUGUGCCCUUGACUAUCCAGGAACUUGACCAAGCUCUGUCCAUCAAAGUCGGAGACUUCUGCCAAAUACCAGGAGCCUACUCCACUCUGAAGAUUGUGCAUCUCUGUGGCCCGGUUGUCGAAAUAGUGGAUAAUGAGGUCCAUUUCGUCCACUUCACUGCGAAAGAAUACUUCUUCGACUCGCGGAUCAGCAGCCAUCUGAGCACGGCCCGAUACACUCUGAGCCUGGCAAAUGUCUGCAUCACAUACCUCUGCCAGCCUCAUCAUGACCCGACCUUAGAUCAUGGCACCAUUGCCAGACACCUUUGGAAAGGUGCCUAUCGACUUCAUCAUUUCGCUGUUUGCGAGUGGUUCAACUUGAUAAAAGCAUGCUGUUUAUUCAAAGAACUUGACAAGAGAUCUGAAAGCUGGCGACAAUUGCCCCGCCUGCUAGAGCAACUUCUGAAAACAAGAGCGAAUAACUCGUUUCGAUCAGCAGGGGAGACUGCCCCCCUGUUACUUGAGAAUGCCGAGACUCUGGGUCCAGAAGUCUACGAAUUGUUGUGCCAAGAAGCUCGUUUUCUCAAGGAUUCUGAAAUGAGAUUGUUCACAAUAAGCAAAGGUGAACAUCUCACAUUUGAUCCUCUGAAGCUUCGAUGCACGACAGUUGCUGUAAAUCGCGCACUGGAAGAAAGGAUCUGCCCUCUGAACGCGAGAGAACCAGAGUCGACAAGCUCAGCACCUUGCUUGCAAGGCUUGCAAGAUUUCAAUUUUAUCCAACUCAACUACGGAACGAAAUUGUUCAAGUGUCCAUUCGUGAGCUGCGCACUGUACCGCAACGGGUACGAGGAUGUGAAGCUCAGGCAAAGUCAUGCCAAAGACCACCAGCGACCAUGGAGAUGUGAAAUACCCGCUUGCGAAUACUCCGAAAUUGGCUUCCUCUCCCGUCGAAUGAGAGAUGAGCAUCUGGACCAAUUUCACUGUGUCGACCAUUCCGGCGAAUCGGUUAGCCUGCGCGACAAGGAGGUCUCUGAAGAAGAUUUUUCCUUUGCUUCAGCUCUCAUUCGAGCCAACAAAGUUGAGAUAAUGCGAACCUGGAUAAAGCAGUAUGCAGGCGACAUCCCGCGAAAUACUCCGUACCUUAAUUGGAAAAGGGAUUUAACUGAAAAGGAGCAAGUUUGGCAAGCAUUACUCACCGAGUUAGCCUCUUCAGGGUCUGUGGAAAUGCUGCAAGAUGUGUUGGGACAAGACGUUCGUGUCUUUGCCAUUCGAAAUUUGUGCAACAUCAUCCUUAAUCCAGCCAUCGCCAGUGCCAAUCUUGGGAUUGUGGAGUGGAUAGCUGCCAACUACAAGUCGCCCCAUUCUUCAUCCGAGCACUACUCAGCAACCUUAGCCCUGGCUUUUCAAGUCGAGAACUUUCACGCUAUUCAAGAAGCUCUCAAGCCCCUCAGCUUGCACUUGUUCAAAACCGGAGAAAAGCAGAUUGCAUUUUACUCUCGGGAGAUAAUUGCGUCAACAGCAAACUGCCCUCGAAGGGAAGACAUACUUAUCUCGCUGUGGAAAGAUUUGAAAAUGAUACGGAAUCCUCGUCGUGUUCAUCUUGAGUCAGGGCUUUGUACUGUCGCGGCGACAACUUGUUCUAUCAAAUUAGCGUCGGCACUUCUCGAGUUAGGGGCUCGUGCUGAUGGACGUGGAAGCGGUUUGAAGACACCUGCGCCACUUCAUCGUGCCGCUAUGAAGGACAGCUUGAGAAAUGCGAGGCUUAUGCGGUUCUUGUUACAACGCGGCGCUAAUGCAGAUAUCACAUAUCGAAAGACAGAUGGAUUUGUUGAUCGGCAGUAUCGAUUCAAGGAAGCCAAAAUAUCGGACGAAGUUGGCACAAAAGGACUGUUCAACUGGUUGGGCAAAUCUUGGGAAGAGCUAAUCCGAGAUCCUUGGGAAGCAAAUUGA